AUGAUCCGAAGACUUAAAUUCCUUAAAAAUAUUCUCAUGAGUCGCCCGAAGAAAGAUAUUAUAGCAAUAGUCGGAACGACUGGAGUGGGAAAGUCUCAAUUCAGUAUAGACUUGGCAAAAGCGGUGAAUGGAGAAAUAAUCAAUGCAGAUUCAAUGCAGAUGUACAAGGGCUUGGACCAGAUCACAAAUAAGCACCCUUUAGACGAGAGAAAAGGUAUCCCUCACCAUGUGAUGAACCAUGUCAAUUGGAACGAAGAGUACCAUAUUCACAAAUUUGCACAAGAUGCAAAUAGAGCCAUAGAUGAAAUACAUCUGAGAAACAAGGUACCCAUUAUUGUAGGAGGAACUCACUACUACCUUCUGAGUCUCCUAUUUGAUAAUAAAACCAUUGGUGCCACGAAGGAAUUGGAAUUGAUGGAGCAAAACGGUUCCACUCAGACCAAUGAGUUGAAGACAGACCAAAUCCAGAUCUUGGAUGGACCAGUGGAUCAAAUUUUUGAAACUUUACAGGCAAUUGAUCCUAUCAUUGCCGAGAAGUUCCAUCCAAAGGAUAAGCGGAAACUAAGAAGAGCACUAGAAAUCUACUACACAACCAACAAGAAGACGUCUGACAUAUACUUGGAACAGAAGCUAGAUGAGCUUGAGGACUCCUCGUUGAGAUUCAAUACGCUAGUAUUUUGGGUUUACUCGGACUCAGAAGUUCUCAGAUCCAGGUUGGACACCAGGGUGGACAAAAUGAUGGACCAGGGGGCUGUCGACGAGAUACGGGAGCUUUAUAAGUUUUACCAAGACCAGACACCAGAAAAGCCAGAUCUAACCACCGGCAUAUGGCAAGUGAUUGGGUUCAAAGAAUUUUGGGAAUGGUUAGAGACAGGUACUGAAAGUGAUUUUCAGAACGGUGUAGAGAAGAUGAAAAUUAGGACAAGGCAGUAUGCGAAGUCGCAAGUAAAGUGGAUUAAGAAACUCCUAGCUACUGAGCUAGUCAAGGAAGCUAGAUUCAACUACAAGCACGGAGGGAAAAUGUACCUUCUUGACGCAACAGACCUCAGUGAAUGGAAGGAGAAUGUAUUCGAGAUUGGAGAGAAGAUCACGCAACAAUUCCUCGCUUCUGGUCCGGCUUCAGUUACCUAUCCACAGGCACCUGAGCACUACAAGGAUAUCUUCCCCACUGCAGAAUAUGUUGACGGCAGGAAGAGUAAUAAAAAGAUUGGUGCUGAGAGUGACUGGAAGCACUUCAAGUGCGAUAUCUGCAAAGACAAGAACGGGAAUCCAUUCGUGGCGAUAGGGGAAGAACAAUUCAAAAUACAUACUGAAGGGAGACGCCACAAAAGGCAAUUGGGAGCCAAAGACAAGAAAAGAAAGCAUGAAGAAUACAUGACUGCUAACAAGACAAGGAAGGCCGAAGCAGUAGGAGCCGAAGCAGCAGCAGCAGCACUGCUGGACCUGUAUAUAGACUAA